AUGAGAAAUGAUAAGACAACCAUUAAAGGUGAUAAGACAACCACUGAAGAUGCUAAGACAACCAUUAAAGAUAAUAAGACAACCAUUAAAGAUGAUAAGACAUCCAUUGAAGAUAAUAAGACAACCAUUGAAGAUAAUAAGACAACCAUUGAAGAUAAUAAGACAUCCAUUGAAGAUAAUAAAACAUCCAUUGAAGUUAAUAAGACAUCCAUUAAAGUUAAUAAGACAUCCAUUAAAGAUAAUAAGACAUCCAUUGAAGAUAAUAAGAUGAUCACUGAAGAUAAUAAGACAUCCAUUGAAGAUAAUAAGACAUCCAUUGAAGAUAAUAAGACAUCCAUUGAAGAUAAUAAGACAUCCAUUAAAGUUAAUAAGACAUCCAUUAAAGAUAAUAAGACAACCACUAAAGAUAAUAAGACAAGCAUUAAAGAUAAUAAGACAACCACUAAAGAUAAUAAGACAACCAUUAAAGAUAAUAAGACGAUCACUGAAGAUAAUAAGACAACCAUUAAAGAUAAUAAGACAACUAUUAAAGAUGAUAAGACAACCACUAAAGAUAAUAAUACAACCACUAAAGAUAAUAAGACGACCAUUGAAGAUAAUAAGACAACCAUUACAGAUAAUAAGACGAUCACUAAAGAUAAUAAGACAACCAUUAACGAUGAUAAGACAACCACUAACGUAAAUAAGACAACCAUUAAAGAUAAUAAGACAACCAUUGAAGAUAAUAAGACAACCAUUGAAGAUAAUAAGACAACCAUUGCAGAUAAUAAAGGUAUAAUUAUUUAUUCUUGCUUUUAA